ACCUCUCCAUAUCUUCUCAUCAUCUUUUGCCCUUCUGAUGGUUUCCGAAUAACGAUAUUUGUGCUUCUCAUUUGCAUGCAAACAUGCUGAGUCUCUUCGCAUCUUCACUCACCGAGGCAUCCUGGCCUGUCCUAGCACUGCUUGGCCUAGUCUCAAUCUUUGCAUCCUACGUCGUCUUUUCUCCUCGACAAAGCUUCUCUCCGGAUUCUCCGGCACUCAUUUCAGAUCAAUAUCCCGUGUUUGGCGCACUUCGCUACUUCUCUGCUCGAUGGGAUUUCUACCGCGAUGCUAUCGCUGAGAGCAAGACCGGUAAUUUCAGUUUCUAUUUGGGCAAGUAUGCAGUGAUUGGGUUUUCCGGAAGGCAGGCUAGGAAGGACUUCUUGGAAUCGAAGGUCUUGAGUUUAAAUAAAGGAACAAAUCUCAGCCCUCAACUACCAGCUCCGCCCCAGACACUGAAAGGGGGAAAGCGAAUUCAGGAAACGACCGGUUUUGCUGAUUAUUUCAACCGCCGAAUCAACCGUAUGCUGUCUCGAGAGAACUUUGGGAAGACCGUCCCGACCAUGUUGUGCGAUACCCAUACCCGACUUGAAGAGUUCGGAGACUCAGGUACAACAGACCCUUUCGACAGUAUCCAUAGUCUCGUCUUCCAGCUCACAGUCCGCAAUGUCGGAUGCAACGACAUCGCUGAUGAUCCUGCACUACUUGAGAAAACGAGGCACAUCUAUGAGACGAUGGAGAAAAGUUAUAAUCCAUCGAUCAUUGUACUGCCGUGGAUUGUCAAGGCUUUCACUCCAUCAUUCAUCAAUCAGAUUGUCGCUGGUGCGAGAUUGUAUUUCAUAUUGAAAGCUGUCGUGGAUAAGAGGAAGAGGACGGGAGAGAGACAGAAUGAUACCUUGCAAUUUCUGAUGGAUCAGGGUGAUGAUCUUGGAAAGAUGAUCGGUUUCAUCAUUGGCUCCCUUUUCGCAGGUGUGGUAAACAGCGGCGUCAACUCAGGCUGGCUCCUAUGCUACCUCGCCACCAAUCCCCGCUGGCUGGCCGAAAUCCGCAAAGAAGUAGAGACCACAGCAGCAAAAUACUCAGCAAACAAGACUUCAUCGCUCUCAGAUCAACUACUCACCCUUCCCGUCGAAGCUUGGGAAAGCGAAUUCCCAAUGCUGGAUCUUUGUCUGAAAAAGACGAUCAGAGUUCAAGGACAGGGUGUUUUGCAACGUAGGAAUGUGAGUGGUCAGGAUAUUACGAUUGGUGGAGAAGUUGUGCCAAAUGGGGUGUUUGCUGUGAGUAAUUUAUCAGAACGGGGUUGUUUGUGGAGAUGCCUUUGUUGACAUCAGUGUAGUCGAUAGUUUUGCCGUUUUGUCAAGAAUUAGCACUAACUGCUGUUCGUUACUAAAAUCCUU